AUGCCUAAGCUACUCGCUCUCGCCAACAUCCUUGUGCUGCACUCCAGAUUGGCGUUCCAAAAGCUGUGUGGCAGUUUGGGAGACAGUUCAGCCAGUGGUACACAGCUGAGACGCCAGAAGAGGGACUGGGUUGUCCCCGCAAAAAGUCUUAAGGAGAACUAUGACUACAGAAAACAUGGCUAUAUUGCCAAGAUCAGGUCGGACAAGGAUAAAAUAAACAAAUUGCACUACUCUCUGCUGGGCCAUGGGGCCAAUAAGGACCCAAUCAACCUGUUUGUUGUGGAUACGAUUGGACUGGUAUAUGUGCGAGGAAUACUGGACCGGGAGAAGCAGGAAAAUUAUACUCUGAUAGGAUUGGCCAGGUUUGAUAAUGGCUCUAUAGCUGAAGAAAAAAUAGAAAUGACAUUUACUGUGGAGGAUGAGAAUGAUAAUCCACCUGUUUUUGCCCCUGCACCUCCGGCUGAAGUCUAUGAGUCCAGUCCUGCAGGGACUCUAGUUGGGAGGCUUACAGCUACUGAUGCUGACAAGAAUGGUACUAACCAUACCAAGAUUGCCUACAGCAUUCUGAAACAGGAGCCAUUUGAUGGGGAACAUCUCUUCUAUAUAGACAAAAACACUGGAUCUAUUUACGUCAAAGAGGAAACCUUAGAUAGAGAGAAACAAAGUUCCUACAUCUUAACAAUUAAAGGAACUGAUAUAGGUGGAGCUCCUGGAGGCAAAACAGGCAACGGGACACUACUUGUCAAAAUAUUGGACAUCAAUGAUAACACACCCUCAUUGGACAAAGAUGAGUAUUCAGCAAGUAUUAUGGAGAACAAAGCCGACGUGGAGGUCCUGAGGUUCAAAGUGCUUGAUGCUGAUGAGGACCACAAUGUAAACUGGAUGGCUGUUUUUGAUGUCGUUAGUGGAAAUGAAGACGGGAUAUUUAGCGUAAAGACCGACCCCAAAACCAACGAAGGUGUUCUCAUGCUUGUGAAGCCUGUUGAUUUUGAAGAAAACCCUAAUAUCCAACUUGGAGUGGUAGUAGCCAAUGUUGCCCCUCCUGCGGGGGGUGAUGGUGGAGAUGGAGGACCAGGUGGAGGAGGUGGAGGAGGAGGAGGAGGCGGUGGAGGUGGUGGUGGAGGCGGUGGUGGUGGAGGAGGCGGUGGAGGUGGAGGCGGCGGGGGUGGAGGAGGCGGUGGAGGAGGCGGUGGAGGUGGAGGAGGAGGAGGGGGAGGACCAGGUGGACCAGGUGGAGUUGGAGGACCAGGUGGACCAGGUAGACCAGGUGGAGGUGGAAGACCAGGUAGACCAGGUGGAGGUGGAGGACCAGGUAGACCAGGUGGAGGUGGAGGACCAGGUGGAGGUGGAGGACCAGGUGGACCAGGUGGAGGUGGAGGACCAGGUGGAGGAGUAGUUGGAUUGAAGACUUACAAAAAAGUAUAUGCAGUGAAUAUCGCAGUGCUGAAUGAGCCUGAGGGGGCUGUCUUUAGACCUCCAGUGAAGCCUGUGGCUGUUUCAGAGAAUCCAAAGGACAAUCCCAAAAACAAGUUGCUCACUGUCUUCAGAGCCAGUGAUGCAGACACUGGAGAACCUGCAGAUAAUGUUCGAUAUGCUAAAGGCUACGAUCCUGACAACUGGCUGGUGAUUGACCCAGAAACAGCAGAAGUCAGACUUCAAAAGACCCCAGACAGAGAGUCACCAUUUUUGGUUAAUGGAACCUACUAUGCUGAAAUACUGAGUCUGUCAAAUGAUAUGCCUUCAAAGACAGCCACAGGAACAUUAGCAUUGCAGGUGGGAGACGCAAAUGAUAACUGCCCCACACUGAUGGACCCUGUACAGAAACUCUGCUCAUACACUGAAGUGGUUAACAUAACAGCAGAGGAUGAGGAUGGAGACCCAAACUCUGCCCCUUUCACCUUCAGCUUUGUGGAUGAAACGAGCAUGAAGAAGUGGAGGGCUGAACCUUUAAAUGGUACCAGCACAUCCCUUAGGGCUUUGGAACCACUGUGGCCUGGCUACUAUGAGGUUCCCCUGAUCAUCAAGGACCAGCAGGGUUUCGCCUGCUCUGACCAGGUCUUGAAACUGCAUGUGUUCUCCUGUGAGGGCGUGGAGACCGCCUUGAAAGUUUCAAAUGGUACAAACGUUCUUUUCUCAGAAGGUGUUCUCAGGAAAGCAUCAUACACAUUGACAGGAGCGGGAAUAGGGGCAGUGAUCCUGGGACUUGUGACGCUGCUAGUCAUAGGUCUCUUACUGAUAACGUGUUCAUGUGGAGCAGUGCCAAUCAGCUUCUCUGAGCUCCCUUUUGACACCAUUGAUCACUUGAUGAUCUAUCACACAGAGGGGCGAGGAGAGGACAAGGAUGUCCCUCUACUUAGUGCACCAGUCCAGAUGACACAUCCUGUCAUGGCCUCUGUCCAACUCAGCAAAUCAGCUGCCAUGCCCAGAGAAAACAUCCCUUCCCUCCUGACGCUUAACUAUGGCAACACUUACAUGGCCAACGGCAUGAUCCAGGAGAUGGGUUAUGAAGAGUCCAGGGAGAGAGACAUCUACUUUGCUGCACUGGAGGAACAUGCACAGUAUGGAGGCAUGACUGACAUUGCUCUCCCCGAUAUGUUUCUGUAUCAGUACUACUCACAGAAGGCGAGUUGUGCAGCGGAGAAGCAUGCAGCAAGCGAUUGUCUGUUGGGAUUUGAAUACGAGGGCUCCUCUGAUGGCUCAUUGGACACCUACAACCUCAUGGAGUUUGAUGAUGACCUCCAGUUUCUUGAUGACCUCGGGCCAAAGUUCAAGACCCUAGCUGACCUCUGUUCUCCUCCUAGGCCUCCAAUGCCUUUGGCAGCUAAGAGUAUUGCCAUUCAACAAGUAGAUAAAGUUGACAAUAUUGUUGUGCCCUCACUGGAGACUGAACAGCUCAACAUCCAUAGUGAGACCCUUGAGGAUCACCUAAACGUCAGCGUCAACCAGUCAUCCACCAGCCACAUGCAUGGCCAGUCUAUUAGCACAACUGUGACUCCCUCUGCUGGUCAAACUCUUGUACUGCAACAGCAGCCUGUCUACUACACCACCACCCCUGUGGUGCAGCAGAUGCACUAUAUGGUCCAGCCACAGCUUCAAAGCACAGUGAUGGUGCAAGCGCCUGUCAACAACCUGCAGGGUAUGAUUCUGGUUAAUGGACACUCGGGAUACACUGAGCACAUCCUGCAAGGGGGAAACACGUCUGGGACUUCAACUGUCAUUGGAACCAGGUUGAGGAGAUUGUCAGAGGGGAACCAGAGAGUGGGCACAUGCUCAAGGAGGGCCUCUGAGGGCUCAGGUGCAGCAAAGGGUGUCAAGAAGGGCAGUCAAAUCAAGUCAGAAGGUGGAGCUAAGGCUGAGUGGUGUCAUACUAACAUAGGGAUGCUGCCAGCCGCUCAGAACAUCACACUGAUAGGUGGACAAAUUGGUUUGGGAACAGCAGGAUAUGGAGUAGGGCAGGUAGUGUUCACAGAAGGAGCUGAGAAGAGCAGCACUCUGCCAAUUCUAUCAGCUGAAACAGGUGGACAAGUUGGUGUGGGAGCAGCAGGAUAUGGAGUAGGGCAAGUAGUGAUCACAGAGAGAGCUAAGAAGAGAAAAACUCGGCCAAUUGCAUCCGCAGGGACAGGUGGACAAAUCGGUGUGGGAGCAGCAGGAUAUGGAGUAGGGCAGGUAGUGGUCACAGAAAUAGCUGAGAAGAGCAGCAAUCAGUCAACUGCCUCAAUUGAGACAGGUAGACAAUUCAGUGUAGGAGCAGCAGAAUAUGAAGUUGGGCAUGUAGGGAUCACAGAAAUAACUGAGGAGAGCAGCACUCUGCCGAUUCUGUCAGCUGAAACCAAUGGUUUGGGAGCAGCAGGAUAUAAAGUAGGGCAGGUAGUGUUCAUGGAGAGAACUGAGAAUAGCCACAAUCAGUCAAUGGUGUCAGACGGCACAGGUGGACAAAUCGGUGUGGGAGCAGCAGGAUAUGGAGUAGGGCAGGUAGUGGUCACAGAAAUAGCUGAGAAGAGCAGCAAUCAGUCAACUGCAUCAAUUGAGACAGGUAGACAAUUCAGUGUAGGAGCAGCAGAAUAUGAAGUUGGGCAUGUAGGGAUCACAGAAAUAACUGAGGAGAGCAGCACUCUGCCGAUUCUGUCAGCUGAAACCAAUGGUUUGGGAGCAGCAGGAUAUAAAGUAGGGCAGGUAGUGUUCAUGGAGAGAACUGAGAAUAGCCACAAUCAGUCAAUGGUAUCAGACGGCACAGGUGGACAAAUCGGUGUGGGAGCAGCAGGAUAUGAAGUAGGGCAGGUGGUGGUCACAGAAUAG